AUGGCGGACGGUGUUGAUCACAUCGACAUUUACGCAGAUGUAGAAGAGGAGUUCAGUGCUACAGGUGAGAUGGAAACGGAUUAUCCUGUUCACGAGCAGAUCGACCUGUACGAUGAUGUCAUCUCCCCCUCGGCCAAUAACGGUGAUGCACCCGAGGACAGAGAUUACCUAGACAACCUGCCCGCACCUGGAGGCACCGAGGGGAAUAAAGGAGCUCCGCCCAACGUCGUUUACACCUACACGGGCAAACGCAUCGCUCUGUACAUCGGCAACCUCACCUGGUGGACCACAGAUGAGGAUCUGACUGAAGCAAUUCGCUCCAUCGGCAUCAGCGACGUUCUGGAAAUCAAGUUCUUCGAGAACCGAGCUAACGGACAGUCGAAAGGGUUUGCGUUGGUGUGUGUGGGAUCAGAAGCCUCCUCCAGGAAGUUGAUGGAUUUGCUGUCGAAGCGAGAGCUGCACGGGCAGAACCCGAUCGUCACACCCUGCAACAAACAGUCGCUCAGUCAGUUCGAGCUUCAGUCACGUAAGAGCACCCAGUCGGGGCAAAUGUCCGGGGAAGGGAAGGCUGGACCACCAGGUGUGGGUCCCCGUGGCGGUUUUCCCCUAGGUAGGGGUCGAGGGCGCUUUCCAGGUCCUGCAGGUCCAGGAGGAGAUCGCUUUCCUGGGGCGCCCCCUCCACACUUCCCUGGUGGUAUGCAGGGUCCUCCCCGCCCUCCUCCAGGCCCCCCUGGUCCUCCAGGUCCUCCUGGCCCCCCACCUCCUGGGCAAGGAUUAGCGCUCAGAGCUCAUCUCUGCACAUCGUAUUUCUUAGUUUUUAAUUAUUUACUGCUCACGGUGGCUUAGUGGUUAGCACGUUCUCCUCACGCCUCUGGGGUUCGAGAGCCGCCGGGGCCGUGUGUGUGGAGUUUGUGUGUUCUCCCUGUGUUGCAGGGGUUUCCUCCAUGUAGGCUGAUCGGCGUGUCUAAAGUGUCUGUAGUGUAUGAAUGGGUGUGUGAGUGUGUGUGUGAUUGUGCCCUGCAGUGGAUUGUCACCCUGUCCAGGGUGUACCCCGCCUUGUGCCCGAUGCUCCCUGGGAUAGGCUCCAGGUUCCCCGCGACCCUGAAAAGGAUAAAGCGGUAGAAGAUGGAUGGAUGGAUGCUGCUCAUUCCAUGCUGAAAAUUGAUUGGUUCAUGAUUUGAUUUGUACUGAUGACCUCUUAAAGGGUAUUUAUGUUUAUGCAGGACACACACACACACACACACACACACACACACACACACACACACACACACACACACACUCUUUGAAAGCAGUGUUAUUUUCAUGCCUAUGUGUUUGUAGACAUUACCAUAAUUAAAUUAUGAUAAAAUAUUUGCAUUCAGGUGCAUUCUGUAAGAAGUCAAUGAUUGUUCAAAUGUUGUAUACAAAUAGGUUAUGAAGUAUAUUUUGAGAGUGAGUAAAUAGUAAAUAAGUAUAUGUUGAAUUUUGGGAUUCUGCAGUCUGGCAUGUUAAUUAUGUACUCAAGGUUGCAGUUCAGCAGCUUCUGACUCAGCAGUGAUAAGGAGAUCGUCCCGUAUUUGAGUACACAUGGCCGUCGUCAUGGAGAUCUUGCAAAAAGUUUCACCACACGAGAAAACAUGGGGUCAACGUAGCCCUGUGGCAGGCAUGUCCAGGUCAGCUGGUGUCCCCUUGUGUGAAUGCACACAAUGGCUGAACACUGAAACAACAGCACAAAUCCACCACGCUAAACCACGCAUGGUGUGACGGUAUUAAUGUAAUGUAACAAUAGCAUGCACAUUAGGACGGCAGGAUUAACACAACAUUGAAACACAACUUCCGCUUGAGGUCUUGUGUUGAACAGGCUUGGGAACAGGGUUUAACAGGUGUGUUAUACAGGCUUACAGGGCUUCAAAACACCUUGCUGUAAAAGAGAAUGAACAAUAACAUCAAGGCCAAGAGCUUUUGAUUCAGACAAAGGAUAUUGUUUUACAUACACAGGAUGAGAAUGUUUGACUUGGCUGAUAGGACAUUGCAUGUCCUUGUGGUCUGCCCAGAGAGUUAGGCAGAGUCUGUAACCUUGGGUCUUAUUUUGAAUGAGACACAUUCUGACACACUGAACAGCUGAUUUACGAGAUUUACUGCGUUUCGACAGUCAGAGGUUUAGAAAUUUAGAGCCAGAGAAUGCAAAAUUAAAAGGAUACUCCAGCAUGUUUACGAAUCCAUGCGUGAAAAUUCAUUCAUGAUCCAAUCGUUAUAUUAAUUUGUACUCAUAUUCAUAACAGUCCCUGAAUAUUAUAUAUACUGGCAAUAAUAAGAAAGUCUUUGGUUUGCAUUUAAAUGACGUAUUAGUGCACUGUUCUAUCCGCGAGAGCAGCAGCUGGGCACACACGUCUCUCCCGCGCUCUGUGUUUAGAUGAACGUCGUCAUGGAGUUCAAAACACUUUCAUUCAGUUUCCAAACUGGGAAACACACCGAAUUAAAAUUAAGAGAAUUAAAAGCUACGUUUAAGUUUGAUCGGCACACUGGGUCACAAGAGCUCUGUGGGCAUCUCUAUUGAUUAUGAUAAGGAGGAGGUGGUGGUGGAAACGUAUCUGAUUGACGGUCUGGUUGGGACCUCGCCAUCCCUCCCAUAACUAACUUGGAAAACAACAUGCACAAUAAUACUGAACAAACAAUACUAAUAUAACACUCCUAGGCAAACCACACAGACAAUUGCAAAGUCAAUUUACCCUACAAAUAUAAAAUACAAGUAUUAGGCAGGCAUGACGAUACAGAGGAUCGUAGACCAGAGUACAGAUUAUCGACAGACAGAUAAUCACUCAAUUAAACCCAUUUAUAAUUAUGGGUUUGGAAUUACACCGCACCAGGGAAGAAAGAAAAACACUUACCCUGGCACUUCUGACACCAAAUUGUUAGAUUUCCAUGUAUCUCAGGAAUCUCAGAUUAUGCCUUCCAGCCUUUUCUAAAGUUACUUCUAUUAACUUUUAGUUCUGUGCUUAGAAAGUGUGGUUCUCCUCAGAGCAUUUCAGAUCGAUCUGGGGAGCCUAAAUGAACACACACUACCACAUGCAUGCUCAAAUAGACAUCCCAGUUUAUUCAUGCAAACCAAGAGUAUGUAUACAUUGAUAACAGCAGUGCGUGGACAGUUUCUACUGGUGCAGGGGCCAGACAGAUUUAGACAAAAUGCACAGCACACAGGGUCAUACUACAAAAUAAGUCCACUAUAAUAAAGAUGGCAGGUGAUCAGCUUAUUCAAAGAGGUAAUUAAAUGUAUACAUCCAUCAUAGGUAUUUGGUAGCAGUUCAUAGUAUAAGAGAGUACAUGAUAUAUAUUUAUUUCAAAUUCUGAUCCAAAAUAACCUUGUAAUAGCCUGGUAAUAAUUCGUAUAAAACUGUAAUUGAUUCAUGGUGUGCACUGUGUGAAGUUAAAUGAAACCUACAGCUAAAUUAUUUUCAGUAUCUAAAGAUAUAAUUUUGUAAACAUUUCAGCUGAUUCAGCUGAAAAUGAAUGUUUUGAAGCUGUGUAAUGAAAUCUUGUGGCUGGUGUGAAAGGUGAAGUAAGGUUGUUGCAGGAUUGGCUGUUUCACACGUGAAAAUUGAACUUUUUGUGGUUGAAAGUUGACAGUGUUUAGCCUGGAUACCAAUAAACACAGUAUGGCACUGCGUCAUAGCAAAGCAAGCUAGUAUAAUUAGAUUUUAAAUAAGGUAGAAGGACUGGAUAUUUUUUGUCUACUUAAUUCCAUUGCACUUUAAAUUGCAGUAUGGUGACGGGUUUAGUACGUAUAUUACAAGUUAUUUUAUACACAAAGGUACUUUGACAGUUGAAUAUUAUUUAGUUAAAAAUACCUUGUUUACAUGUCACAAGCUGAAGAUGUAAUUUCUUUAUAACUAAAAUAUAAAUGGGUCAUUCUACAGAAACGUGCACUUUUGGAAUGGCAGAAUGUCUUCAAAUGUAUUUAUUUUUUAACAUUUAAACUUUGACCACAUUAUUACUUAAAUCAUUGGCUGUAUGAAUACACUUACAUUAUAGCUUAAUGAUUUUUUUUCUUUUUUGUUCAUUUAUUUAAAGAUGGCAUACUCUGUUUAUUUGUCAAUGGUGUUACCUUACUCAUUUGGCAAUAAUAAAGUUCUUUAUGAAAUAUUA